CCUCGCGUGCUGUGUGCAGUUUGGAUGCUGCAGAAUAAGGAGGACUUAAAUAUAUGCAUCCAAAAGGGAUACGAAGAUGGUGAAGGGUCUGGAGAGGAAGAUUGUGCCGUGCAACUGCUGUCCGUUGGUGCGCUCAGCCCAGAGCAGGGACGUGCAGCUGUAUGCGUGGGCAGCGAUAGGCGUGAAGGCUCGCACGAAGUGAUGGGCUCUCUCCAGGGGUCAGCAAGGACUGGUGGCAGUACUGCCCGGGCUGGGAUACUCGGUCUGGAGAGGCUAAGUAGCACACAAAGUAUGUCCGUGCUAAAAGAGCUCACAGUGCUGAAAUCUGGCAUUCAAGUGAGUUAGUAGACACUGGAAGUAACAUGGUAUGGUCAUAGGCAAUAAAUAGAAGAACCUGUGAGAUAUUCAGCAGCAUCCCAGCCUCUGCUGGCUCUGCUUUUAUAACUGGUGGAAGUUAGCUUUCAAGCCUACCUAUAUUACACAACCGAUCACUCUGAGAUGGUGAUAUGCAUUCUUCCUGGAAAGAAGAAUGUGAAAAAAAAAUGACAAUCUUGGCUGCACUCAGGCCAGAGGAGGAAGCUGCAAUGGUGGGGAAAGGGCAGCAGGUUUCUAAUGCAUACUCAUAGGAGACUCAUGUCAGGAACUGGAACUAGCAAUGAGCUUUAGCGAAGAGGAAUCUAGGGAAUCACCUCUGGAAUUUUUUUGGGUUGGCAAGCAACAGUCUAGAGAAAAAAACAUGAGUAUAGCUGCCUAUUAGAAUAGCAUAUGUUCUGCUGAAGUUUCCUGAGGCAGGUAUGUGACUGGGGACUGGUACUCCUUGGCUCUGACCCACAGUACUGAGUUUAACAAGCAACCACAAUAUGUAAACAGGCUGGUAACAUAUCACCCCCUGCCAGUUUUCUGUCUCCCCAUUUCUAGUGCCAGGAUGUUGACAGGCAAGCUUUCUGUUGGUGGUGUGACCAACGUGGCCCACCAUUGUUAUCAAAACUUAGGUGCUGGGGCCACACCAGCAUGUGGUGACAGCUGUCACAGAGUAGGGAUGUGAUAAAAGCAUAUGAAAUAUUACCUUCAAAAUCAAGCAGCACCAUUUCUAAGGACUGGGGUUAAAACUGCUACUGGACAGUAAAACCUGUGAUCCAUCAGUGGCCAUGGACACCUCUACUAUCUCUACUAUCAUCUUCUACUUCUGAGGAUUGAGUGGCAUGUGUUCUUUUAGGUAAAGCCUGAAUGUAGCCUGUAAUUAUUGUAGUGUGUUGAUUGAUUAUUGAGAAUUUGACACAUGAUCUGCAGAGUGUCCAGGUGACUGAGAAGUCCAGGUAACUAAGUAUUCUAUGUAAUUAGAUAGCUAUGGUAGAUUGUAGGAAUUCUAGGUUAACUGUAAGCUAAGUGCUAGAAAUUGUAGAUACAAUAAGGUAUGCUGAUCACUAAUGUUUUUGUGUAAUAAUAAAGCUCUAAUUGUAACCACAGCCCUAUGGCUGUUCUUCAUUCUGCUGAAGAUCCCUGGAAGAACCUACCUGUCCUCUGUAGCAUGGGAUGAUUCAACCAUGAAAUCUCAGAAAUCUGAAUUUCUUUUAACAAGCAUGUUGAAGUAAAGUUCAACUAAAGUACAGAUGGUGAAAAAAAAACACAGAACUGCAGCAGAAAUAAGUUUGUAAGACAAAAUGGGACAGGCCUUUGGCUGGAAUACUGAAAUGAUGUGUCAAACACAAAUGAACUCUAAAUUGUGUACUUCAGUUGGGAUAGACAGUUCUGUGGCACUAGUAGUAAUUUCUUUUUGAGAUUCUGGAUUGCAGAGCAAACCACUGAAAGUGAAGCUACUGAAAUUAUUUCAUUUUUAAAUGGUCUCUCCAUUUUUCAUUGCAGUUUUCUGAACUUGGUGACAUCAGUAGUGUUUUUUAUGCUUGGUCUAAGAGGCAAAUGAAAAUGACUCCUGCAGAAGCUGUCGAAGUUGCUAGAACAUAUUAGCUAGUAAUAAAUGUUGUCUGUGAUAUCCACAGUGUAAAACAAAACUUUCCUCGGAACAGAACGACUUUGCUGCAAGAAAUUUGUCUUGAUUUGUUGCCAAAUCUCGAGUUUUUAGUUUUUAAUUUUCAAGUUUUUAAUUUUUAAAAGAUUAUGGUAUUGAAAAAAUAAUGAAGACAAAAGAACACGUAGAAAAGAUGCUUUAUUCACAGUGGAUGCUUCUCACUGCUUCCUGACAUCAGCCCGUUGAGUGUUUCGUACUCCAUCGCUCUGAAAUGGGGUCCAUUCGUUGUCUGUGAUCCCUCUGAAGGCUCACUGAAAAUAUAAAGUCAUGUCAAGCCAUGCCUCAAAAAAAGAAAAACGGUUUCUUUUUACCUCAGAAUCUGUUGCAGAAGGACAUUCUGACAAAAUGUGUGAUCAGAUAAGUGAUGCUGUUUUAGAUGCUCAUCUCAGUAUUGAUCCAGAUGCCAAGGUUGCCUGUGAAUGUGUGGCAAAAACUGGAAUGAUUUUGCUUUGUGGAGAGAUCACAUCCCGGGCUAUAGUAGAUUACCAACAAAUAGUAAGAGAGACCCUUAAGAGGAUAGGGUAUGAUGACUCUUCUAAAGGAUUGGACCAUAAGACUUGCACAGUUCUAGUGGCCUUAGAGCAACAGUGUCAAGAGAUCAAGCACGCUGUUUCCCAUGGCAAGAGUGACGAUGACAUUGGAGCAGGGGAUCAGGGUUUGAUGUUUGGCUAUGCCACUGAUGAAACUGAGGAAUGUAUGCCCUUAACAGUCCUCCUGGCACAUAAGCUUACUUCAAGGAUAAAGGAUCUGGAACGAAAUGGAACAUGGCCCUGGGUUAGACCAGAUGGAAAAACACAGGUCACUAUGGAAUACAAGGAGAGUGAUGGAGCAGUGGAACCCAUCCGAGUGCAUACAGUUGUGAUCUCAGUACAUCAUGCCCCAGAUGUACCUCUACAACACAUACAAAAGGAGCUAAUGGAGAAAGUUAUUAAGGAAGUCAUUCCAGAGAAGUAUCUCGAUGAAGACACAAUUUAUCAUCUCCUUCCAAGUGAGAAAUUUGUAGAAGGUGGUCCUAAGAGUGAUGCUGGUCUGACUGGUAGGAAGAUCAUUGUUGAUACAUAUGGAGGUUGGGGAGCCCAUGGUGGAGGAGCUUUCUCUGGAAAAGACCCAUCCAAAGUUGAUCGUUCUGCAGCAUAUGCAGCUCGAUGGGUUGCAAAAUCGCUGGUGAAAGCUGGUCUCUGUAAAAGAGUAUUAAUACAGCUAUCAUACGCUAUUGGUCUGAGUCAUCCUCUUGCAAUCUCUGUGUUUCAUUAUGGAACCUCAGACAGAUCUGAAGAAGAGCUGCUUGAGAUUGUACAGAAAAACUUUGAUCUACGUCUUGGAGCUAUCAUAAGGGAGCUGGAUUUGAAGAGGCCAAUCUAUCAAAAAACAGCAUGCUAUGGGCACUUUGGGAGAGAAGAAUUUACAUGGGAAAUACCCAAAAAGCUUGUGUAUUAAGCUUUUCAGAAUGCUUCAGUUAACUGACAGGUGGUUUGACAAUCAGGUACAACUUCAAGCUGUUCACAUAAAGACUGCACCUACUCCUGUUUUAAAAUGACACUGUGUAGCUAACAGAUGUACUAAAAAUCGUAUGUAUUCAAAUUCUAACUUUCAACUUCAAACGCAUGCAGCUCUGUCCAGCAUACUCCAGCUUUGUGUUUGGUAACAUGAACAAUUUAGGCCUUCGGCUCUGAUAAGAAUUUAAGUGCACAGGUGACUGUGGGAACUGAAGUCAGUACAGUACUGCCAGGGAGGUUGGCUGCUGCUUACCCAGUUAACUUUGUGUUGAAGUACGUGAGGUACCUUCAAAUAGCCCUCUGCAAAAGGAAAACAGUAAUAGAUCUAUUUGUCUUAAUGCUUUGGGCAGUGAUUUCUACGACUACCAUUUCCUUUGGUCCAAGUAAGUUAGUAGAAAUACUUGUUUCAGAACAUGGGUAUUGUAACUCCAGAUGAAGUUAGAUCUGAAUUAGUGUUACAUUUGCUUGGACUGUCGUAAUUUUCUAAUGAGCUUGUGUGUUGUAAUUCUUCUACUCAUUUAUUGUUACUCCCUUAAAACUGCAGUUUUCCAUGUCCGCAGUUGGAUGAUUUUGUUAAGUUUCAUUGAGCCACUGAAUGAAAUGUGGAAGAUUUUUGUAAAAAAAAAAAACUUAAAAUUGGAGGGCAUUACCUUCUUUUGAAUUCUCUAGCUGAAAGCACAAAUUGAAGAAAGAAUUCAAAGCCAUUCACUUUUUCUUUAAGGACUGGAAAAUAUGAGAAGGCUUGUAUACAGGAAGUAGCACUACAUACCUAAUCUCCAGAGCUUCUUUCUAAAUGUUUUAACAGAUUUUCUAAUAGCUAUUUAUCACGGGGUAGCUAAUUUGCCCAGUGUAAAGUUUUCCUCAAGAACAGUAAAAGAUGUGUGCUUUGUUGUGCUUAAUACAAUACCAGAGAUGAAGCAAUUUCUCCGCAAAAUCAAUCAACAUCUUUUCAAAUGUUCCCAUUAUCAUUCUGGAAAUGAAUUACUUAAACUGUGGCCUCAGAAAUGAAAAAUGAUGCCCAGAGCAGACAUGAGCAGCAAGAUUGCUGAAAAUUUAGCUAAAUUAAAAUGUUGCCUAUGUAGAGGGAUCAAUCAAAAUAUUUGUAUCUCCAAAUGUUGCAAGUGCUGCUUUAUUAUACACGUUAAUUUAAUGUCAAAUAAGCAGGCUCUUCUUUGAAAUGCAUGGCUACAAUAUGUUAUGUAAAUCUCUCAAAAUACAGUGGCUCAUAAUCUAUGUAAGAAAUAAACCAUAAUCACACACCAGAGUGAAACACAUGACAGUGUAACUGCUGUAUGGAUAUUCUGAUAAUAAAGUUACAUGUAUGAAAGAAA